AUGACGAAGCCCAGCCGCCGGAUUCCCGGAGCAAAUUUAAGUGCUGCCGGAGCGAACCUCAGUCUAGAGUUACAAAACAAUGAGAAUCGUAUUAUUCGUCAAAACACUCUUAAAAUUUCCGUUGACCUUUUUUGAAUGAAACGGGAACGUUAAUUAAGCUCGAAUGGAAUCUUCCAUCAAGCAAAAUUCCAAUUUUGGUGUCCGAGGAACGGUGAAUGAAAUUUUUAUUGAGAAUUUGACUUUUGACGCCCCAAAUAAUGUCUAGGUUUUUUGAACUCGUCUAUUUAUUCCCAGAAAGGUGAUUUUAAAAUGAACCUGUUUUUUUCGAAAAAGAAAAUAAGUAAAAAUUUUGACUGUUGGUUUUUUUCUGAAUUGAACUGAAACUUCAUUAAAACAACGCAUGAUAUGAAUACAAACCAAGCGAAUGGAGUUUGAGCUAACUGGGGAAACUUGUCUUGAAAGGAAAUUAGCAUUUCGUGGAAAAUGGUAAUUGAGGCAUUUAUCUCAAAUAGGAAAACGGUUGAAUUCCCAUGAAAACUCGCAAAAGUGGGGAAGUGAAUUUAAACGUCCUCAGAGGUUAGAGCCAAUAUUCGGCUGUACGUCACUCAACCCACCCUCAAAUGAAAGGCAAUCAGACUCUUUUUCGUUUAUCGUAGAACUUCGUUUUUGUUGAAUAAAAAAAGGUAACAGCAGAGCGAAAACUUUUUGAAAAGUACUUGAAAAUAUAGACAGAACUAGCCUUUUCUAUGUCAAUUUACUCGACGAACCAUCGCGGAGGCUUCUUUCGAUGAACCUUUGGGAAAAUAAAUUGAGUAAAUUUAAUUUUUUUUUUCUGUUGAGUAUAUUUUUCUUAGCGUGUUUGGCUGAAAAGGAGAAGUUCUUCUUGAGAUCGGGGUUUUUCCGAUGAGGAUUUUUUCACAUUAAUCGAAUGAGAGCAAACUCUCAUCUAAAUACAGCGGCAAAGUGAAAAGAGUCGAAUCUGAUUAGUUCAACUUGGACUAUUUUCAACAAGAUGUUCUCUUCAUGCAAAAUCCUUGGCUGUAUAGAAGCAAAAUAGACAAUACAAAGUUUCAUAGAACGAAAACUUCAUGGAUCGAUUGUAACUGGAUAUGUUGCGAAUUGCGGAGUGGGUCAACAGAGAGACAAAUUUGAAUCUGUGAAGCGUGGAGAUUAUGAGAGCAGUGCUUCUAGGGACGCUUGUCUUUUAAUUUCGAAUAAUCGAAACUCAUUCCAUGUUCAUGUGCAGGAUGCAAAUGAAGCUGGAAUUCGGGAAAGUUGCCCAUGAGGUUCUGAGAAACUUGAAACGAGCCGUUCAUCAGAGAGUCAUGAAAAACGUCAUUAAGUAUGCAAAAAAACGUCAAAUCAGCGACCUACAUGUGCAAUUAUUCAACAGGACAUUUGGCGCGUAAGAAAAAGAAAAAUUGAAACAGGAAGUUUGGUUAGAAACGCUCAGGUUGAUGUACUCGCUCAAGUUUACCUAGAGUACUUGUUUAGCGCCUCUCUUCACACUUGAAUUAUUGCGAAAACCGCAUAAUGGUUUUGUCGCCUCCAUUCUUCUGCCCUCACCGUUUUGCCUCGUGGCUGUCUCAGACUUUCGAAGCAAUUCGUGCUUCAAUUCAAGUUCAAAGUGCCUCUUUACAAAUCCGACGCGGUCAUUACAUCGAAUGUUGCGCAAGUUUCUAUUCAAAGUACUUCAGAAAUCAGUCUCAACUUCCUCGGCCGAAAAAAUGUUCAGUCUGACUUUUCAAACGACAAAACACGUAUUUCAAAUGAAAUAAUUUGUAUGUCCAUCACGAAUAAACUUUUGGAUGUUUUUAUCUACGAAAUUUGGAAUUGGAGCAAAGUCGUUAAAAAAAUAUUUCUUAGUAAAAAUGAUGUACAAGAAGCAAACAUUAUGGUAUGAUCAUGAUGCGGGAAUGAGUUCUCCAAAAACAAAUCUCUUGCAGGGAGGAAAAGUAGGGCCGACAAGAAGGAAAAGUCAACUAAUUUUUUGAAUUAAAGAUUAAUUUUGAAAUUUUCUUCAAAGACUUUUUGCCGAGUCAAUGAGGAGAAAAAGGAGGGACUACAGUAAUCCUUUCCAGCGUUCUUUAUGUCCCACUUUUUCUUUCCCUCUAACACUUAUCAUUCGCUUUUUAGUGAUGGUCUAAAACAGCAGGAAUUUAUCGAAAUAGUUAUGUGUUCUGAUUGCCAAAAAGAAGGACGAGGUUCAGCUUUGGUCGGGAGCAGUUGCUGGAAUGUGUGCGAAGUCUAGCGGCGGACCUUUUCACGUUUGUUGACGCUCAACACUACAAGCGAUUGAGUAGAUGUCUGGAACAUUAUGUUUGCAUAAUUUUCCCUUGUUCGAAUUUUGUCGGCGAAUAAGGGUUCAUCAACUUUUUGAGUUUAAAAAAUGUAUUUCUGGGGAUACAUGAAGAAGCAACUGAUUGUCGGAACGCUCAAAACUCGUGCCAAUAAAUCGUACCGGUUUUGAUCAACGACAGUUUUGCGAAUCGGCAAACGAAUCUUUGGAUAUUCCAUUAUUCAGCAGAGAAACUUAUCUGAAAACUGAAUAAAUGUUUAAUGUGCAACAUAUUUCAGACAUUUUAUGUUUUGACUCAAUUCUCCAAGUAAAAAAAGUUCAAGAACAUGUAGUUCAGGAAUGGAAAUUAAAGUUAUUGAGCAUCUUCGACGGCUAAAAAUAGAAUCGUUAUUUAUGAAACGAAAAUUCUAACAAAAAUCGACAACAAAUCAUACAAAGUAUACCUUGAAAGUUUAGGAAAAAUAUUUGAAGCAAAUGGAAAUCUUUUAAAGUAGAGAUUAAUUUAACAAUUCUUGUUGCUCACUUUCACGCUACGUAAUUUUUCUGUAUGCGUGAUAAACAUUCAUUUGAUUGGAUUCGAAGGCAGCAGCUUCAAAAUUCAUUUUAUUUCAUUUCAAAUGUUUAUUCGCCAUUUCGCAAUCUGCACGACAAAUACAAAAAAUAACACAUUAAAACAAUCAAUUAAAUCUAACAGCUGAUCUGUGGAAACGGCUGGAGGAGAAGAUUGUCUGUAUAGACUGAUCCUUUCUGUAAAUUUUAAACUUUUUUUUUCAAUGUCCUGUCAAAAAUUCAAUGGAAAAUUUCUCAAGUGAAUUUUUAAUUUUUUUUUUUCAACUUGGAUUAAAGAAUCCGAGGUAGAAUCUCAAGAUUGACAAGCCAUAAAAGUUGCCUUUUUGGUGUUUCACAUCCCUAUUUUCAGAACAUAGUCCGUUCGCUGACGUUUCCUGAUUGCAGAGCCCGUGACAGUUGAUUCAUCCUUCAAAGUUUAGUUCCUGGUUGAAAUUUUCGAACACAUGACUUUUCCACGAGCCCGGACAAAAAGGAGGUUUUUUAAACGCAUUGCCCCAGUUUGUUUUCAAAAUACAUUAUUGAUUUUGUUUUUUGUGUUAACAAUUGACAUGAAACAUUUUUAGGUCACAUUUUCAAAUAAAAGCAAAAUUUUGUUCCCUGAAAUCCUGAGAAGCAGCUUGGUAGUUACAGCAACGAAAACAGGUGAGUAUUUUUUUGGUUUUGUCCUAAGCUUUGACAAAAAAAUCAUUUUGAUCCGUAAUUUCAACCAAUUAAGUAAACUGAUGUCAUAGGAAAUUUGAAACGAGCGUUUAAAAAAAUAAUCAACAAAAAAUUCAACAAAGCCAAUGAAACGGUAUGAAUGACUUCUAAUUCGAAAAAUUGGAAAAAAAUAAAUCUAAUACUCCGUAGCAUAGCAUUUGGGUUUGAUAACAGCCCUGCAUUUUUUUGGGGGCCUUGACUCCAUAAAAAAAGUAUCCAACACACUUAUUGGGAUUUUUCUUCCAAAAUUUUUCAAUUCCCUAGAAAAUAAAAAAAGCAAAUGUCAAGUUAUUUGUAGUCUACAACUUUUAUCUUGUUUUUUUAUUUUUCUUCAUUAUUUUAUAAACCUUCAUUCAUAUUAAUGUGAAAUCUUUGAUGGCUUUCAUAUUUCUUUUUCGUGUAGAGGUACAAAGUAACAAAUAAAAAAAUGUUUAUGAUCAAAUACUUUUUUUCGCAAUUAUCAACGCAAAGGAAAUAAAUUUUCAACAUCGGCUUCUUAAAAUAAAUUGGGAAAAAAUUCGAAAUGAGAAGCUUGAAAAAGUGGAAAAAAAUUAAGAAAAAAACUUCUAGGGACGAGCAAAACGAUUUUCUAUACGGUUGAAAACAAAAAAAGGUUAGUCUCAACGAUGCCAUGAGAAAGAAAAAAGUUCUUAAAGUGCUUCAAAAUUAACAAUUUGUUCAAAAAACGUGUCAAAAUAGCUUCAACAACAAAAAAUAUUCAACCUUUACAUCAAGAAACUAUAUUCUGUUAAACGGUUACUGGUACACAAAAGGAAAGUGAGAAUGACAAGCCCAGUUGGUUCCAGCGAAGAUCCGAAAAACCAACAGAAAUGCGGUCCCUCGGCUGCGUGGGACUCAUGCAUGCGGAUAUGACGCGCGCUGGCUGUUUGCAGUGGGGCACUAUUGUGUUCAACGCUCCCUACAAGCCCGCUUCCUGUUUUUUUUUCGCGCUUCUCCGCACCGUCCCUUGAACAACUUAUUGAUUUUGAAAAAGCUGGAACGCAUGGAGACGUGAUCCAUCAAACACCAAUUUUUCGCAUUCGUUUUCUGUUUCAAUUGUCUUGUGAAUUGUUUUAAACAAUUUUUGGAGAACCCGGAAAAAGGGCAAAUGGUUACAAAAUAUUAUACAUUAUUUUCAUAACUCAGCUUUCUCAGAAAAAAACUCCUUCAACUUCAAAAAAAGUGCAAAAUUUUUGAUUAUCGAGCUUUUUUUCUUAAGGUUUAAGCGCAAGAAAUGUUCUGCGAAAUUUGCCACUCUGAUCAUAAAAAAAUGCAAAAAAAGAAAAAAACUGAUAUUUGUGAAAAACUCGAAUCUUUUCUAGUUUACUCUUUUUUUCUAUUUUUCUUUUUUUGUACUUACUCACGAAUUAUCCUUCAAUCGGUUUUUUUGCUUGUUGAAAAUAAGACAAAAACCGCUCAAAAUGAAAAAAAUGACGUUUUAUGUUUCUUUUCUUUUUUUCGAAUUAGCUAAAUCAAAAAUAACUGUUUCAAAAAAAUUUUUUUAAAAAUCUUUUUUUGAUUAUUUUUUUCUGAAAAAGACGCUUUGAAAAUUUGGUGCUUUUGGAAAAGUAUGACCCUCUCUAUUAAUUGCUGGUUAAGUUUUCAGAAAAGCCAAAAUUUGACGAUCAAUUUCACAGGCCCAGAAACUUGUGUCAUAACUUUAGAUGAGUAAAAUCUAAUCAAUUUUUUUUCUGAAGUUUUAUUACUUGCUCUUCUCUUCUAGCAAAAGCGCAAAUUUCGGCAAUAAGCUGAACACAUUUAGUUUUCGAAUCGAUACCGUUAUCUUCUUAUUCAACGCCUUAUCAGACAGUUUUGCGAGUGUGAUUCAGCAGAACUGUCAUAUAAUAUUUUAACUUGUAUAUGCUACCGUUUUUAAAUGUUUUUCUCUUUAUUUUUUCAACAACAUUCCUGUUUCAGAUGAGUCAAGGAGCUCUUGUGGAGAGCUCGGUGCUCGAUGUUUUGCAGAAGACCCAACUACUGCAGUAUCAGGAUUUGUUUGUUUUUGGCUUCCAAGUCAGACGACUCGAGCAUUUCCAUGCAAUAAAACCAAGAGACAUGGCGGUCAGUUUUGAAAUUUCUGAAAAAUGUAAUAUUUUUUGCUUUGUUAUUUCUCAUUGAACGCCGACCUUAUAAAGUUUUCCAGAAAAAAAAUUGCCUUUUAACAAAAAGAAAUGGGGCGAAUAAUUUUGGAAUAUUGCUAAUUGAAAGUUAUAACUCAAAAAAGUCUUUACCUACAAUUUUCAAUUUGUACGCAUUUCCAUUGCUGUAUAUUGAGAAAAUGCGGGCAUCAAACUUGAAACAACGCUUAGAAUAAGGAAUAAUUAAAAAAUGGGCAUCGACGAAAUUGUUUCUUAUUCAGUUCAAUCUUUUUUCAGACGGCCGGAUUGCAUCAGGACCAAAUCAAAAGGCUCUUAGAAGCUAGCAAAAUUGUCAUGCAAGAUUCGAAAACGGAUAAAAACGACUGCAAAUACGUCAGCCAAAAAAGUGCGAUCGACCAGAUCGUCCCCACGCAAGAAACUUCGAUUCCUGCGGACCAGGUAAACAAAAACUGUUUUCGAUAAUUUAAAAUUUUUCGCAGAUCAAAUUGUUUGAACAACUGGGAGAGGGGACUUUCGCGGUUGUUAAACGGGGCACUUGGACGUAUCCUGGCGGCCGAAAGUUGGAUGUUGCCGUCAAAAUUCUUCGCGAUAUUUCUCCCACAGUAUUGGAAGACCUCAAGGUUUUCAUGAUCUAAAAUUUUGCAAAGAAAAAAUUAUAUGAAAGUACAACACAUACAUUUAGGUGGAAGCAAGCCAUCUUCUGAAGUUACAACAUCCUUAUUUGAUCAGGCUUUAUGGAAUCGUUCAACGCCCUUCAAUGAUGGUAAGCGUGAUUUUAAUAAUUUUGAGUUCAAAUGAUUGUUGAAAUGUUAAUGUUUUAUUAUUCGAAAAAAUUUCCAGAUUUUUGAGCUUUGUGAAGGCGGAUCUCUGUUGGAUCGGCUUCGUGAUGACCACAAAAAAGCUCCUUUUGUCACUCAAUUGCUAGAAUAUUGCAUGCAAACCGUGAAGGCUCUCCAGUUUCUGGAAGUUAAGCAUUGUGUCCAUCGUGACGUCGCUGCCCGAAACAUUCUCUUAACCAAGGAUGAGAUGGUAAGGAGAAUAAUUCGAGAAAUUUCGAACUCCCCUUUUCAGAGUGUCAAACUGUCAGACUUUGGUUUAAUGAGGAACCUCAAAGAGAACGAGCAGAUGUACAUAAUGGGACCACAGAAAAAAGUCCCGUUUUCUUGGUUAGUUGAGAAAUCAAUAGAACAUAUUUAUUCUUAGGUGUCCCCCUGAAUCCCUUCGUCACCGAAAAUUUUCUCAUGCUUCUGACGUUUGGGCGUAUGGCGUUCUGAUGUGGGAGAUUUUCACGCUUGGUGAAGAGCCCUGGAUAGGAUGUCGGGCUAUUGACGUGAAUUCUAUUUCGUUUCUGAUGACAUGUUCUAUGUUUUCAGGUAUUGAAAAGACUUGACGCCGGAGAAAGACUGGAAGAGCCUCAAUACGGAUCUAAAAAACUGUAUGAAAUCAUGAAUUCCUGUUGGAAACUUCGAGCAGAAGAUCGUCCCAAAUUUAAUACUCUCAGAGCAAAUUUGAAAGCUGUGAGUUCUAUUUUUAUUUACUUCAUAAAUGUUGUCUCUAUUUGAUUUGCGGUGUGAUUUGAAGAAUCUGAUUUUUAAAAAAGCUUUAAUACUAAAAAUCUUUUCAUGGUAAUUUUUUUUUACCGAAAUCCAAGUGUUUGAAGCUUGUUACCUGAACAGCCGUAUAUUUGCAGAUAGAGUUCAACACUGCAGUCGUUAGAGAGCCGCAUGUGGCUCGAAAUCCAAAAACAUCUCUCAUUGGGUAAAAAAACGAUCCCGUCAUCGUUAUCGAAAACAGGUUUCCUGAACUAAUUGAAAUUUUUUUCUCAGUGAUUAAAAUGCUAUUUAUUUUCAGUGGCCACGAAUGGUUUGGGCAAAGCAAAGUUUCUCGUGAGUUUGGCAAGUUUCCGCGAGAGAUCGUCUUUGUCCCAAGCCAGUCUCGCGAAGUUCCAGAUCCAGUAGCACAGCUAGUAAAAACGGAUGGAUUUUCUCAAUAUUCUUUGAGAUCUUCCAGAAAAGUCCGCAGACAAACAAAGCACUUCCUGCGAUAUCGGUCAACUCUCAAAACGCUGGUUCUUUCAAAAUUUCCCUUCCGGUACAAGGUGUGUUUCGUGAAACGUUUUUUUUCUAUUUUUCAACAGGACAAUUUUUUUCAAUAUAGUGUAUUUUUAAUGAAUUUCAAGUGAUUUUUGAAUGAGAACUUUGGGCUUUUUGUUUAGAGAGAAAAAGUGCAAUUUAUCCAUUUUAAAGGAACAACACUGACAGAGCUUCAUGACGUUUUUUUUUGAAAAGUUUUUUUUCCGUCUGGAAAUUGCUGGAGAAUAUGAAGAACCAAUGUGUAUUAAAAAAGAAUUUCUUUUUUAACAAUACAGCCGAAACGUUUUGUUCUCACCUAUUGUCUCAUGUUACCUCAGAGUUUCCUUGUCAGGCUCCUUCAUCCACGUGGGACAUGGCGAUGGUCUUGGAGGGCAGUCUUGGGGCGAUCCUGCUGUUAUCGACUCUGUCUACCUUAAAAACCCUGUUGUUGGCAAACCCUUGUCCAGGUCUUCCGUGUUUUUUUUCUUUUUUCGAAAUUGAGGAGAAAUAAUUACUGCAGCAAUAAAAUGCUUCCAUUUGACUUUUCAUUCAAAUCUUCCAGUGAAAAACCUAUCAUUGCAAUUUGAAACUCUUUAUCCCGUUUUAUGAGUCUAUACCUCAGAAAAAACGGCAGACUAACGCGCAUACAUCAGAUUAGAGAGAACGGUAAACUUGAAACUUUCUGUUAAAUUUGGCUUUCCAGCGCGCAGGUUCUCAGACAGUGUGGAGAGCAAGGAGAGUACGAGUCUGGUCACUCCAAGUUUACCGUCCUCUCUAAACUGAUGUAUGCGCGCUGGUCUUCGAAUUCAGGGCCUACAUUUUGAACUCAAGAAAAAAGGCGCUGUUCCUAGACGAACUCUUUUUUGAGCUUCUGAUGUUUUUUCACAAUUCAAAAACACAAUGCUUUGAAUUUUUUCAUUCAAGUAUCAAAUUGUCGUACUCACCAAUACCAAAGCUCUUGACUUUCACUAGUUUUGUUAUUUCCUUUCGGUUUUACAGCGCUCAGAACGGCGCUCUGGUAGUGAAAUCCAUACUUCCCGAUCGUCAAGCCAAUGAUUGUCCUUCUUUCAGGCCUUCACUGAAUAGUGACGGUUAGACCGGCAGAACUUCACUGUUAUUUUUAAAGACUUUCAGCCUUAAAGAUAGGAUCCGCAGUUACCGUACACGCUGCUUGGGACGAUGACUUCGAAACGGCUCAGUCGGAAAACUUUUCUCCGAGUCAUAUUGAGAUCCCACGAGAUCUAGGUCAGUACCAAUUCUGAAAGAGUCCAUAUAUGUUUCAUUUUUUUCAGUUUGUUUUUGUUUGUGUUGUUCUGUAAUGUCUCGUCGGAACAGAGUGCAUUUUUUUGCUUUAUCAAACCUCGUUUUCCAAUAUUUCCUUCGGCAAAGAAAUUUUUCCAAAUAAUAAAUCAAAGGAGUUUUUGAAAUUUUAUGAGUUCAGUUUUGAGAUAAUAUCAUUUAUUUAAAAACUCCAGAACUAUCAAAUUGUUUUUUUUUUCAAAGUGAAAAGAUAAAUUGUCUGUUUGACUAGAAAAAUUUGCAGAAAGAAGCAACAGUAAUGGCAUCUCCUUUGUGUCAAACGGGAAAACCGAGAUCGUUUUAUCUGCCAAAGAGCCCGUUCUUCUCCCUACUCGAAACGUGGCGCCUAUCUCUUCGUUCGCAAAUAAUGUAAUUCACAUAUAUAUUUUCAAUAUAUUUCCAGAAAUAAACUUUGAACUUCCUUUUUCAGAGCUCGUUCAUGUCGCCUUCGUACGUUCCGAAAUCAGUUUUGAUCACCCCAAGUACAACGGGCACGGGUUAGUUGCUUGAGUUGUUCCUUCCGAAAGAUAAUUUCUUUUUCAGCUGACAUUCCUCUUCCUCCACAUUUCACAUCGUACAAAACCAAAUCAACAGUCCAAAGUGAUUUUAGCGGAGAAACUUUUAAAAUUAUCAUAUUUUUAGCAAACAAAGACGCCAAUUUUCUUACAUCCACCAAUAACGACAAACCAAGAAUCGGAAAUCAAAUUUUUGAAAAUAGGGUACUUCAGCCAACUCCGGUUAUUCUUCCGCCACCAAACGCGAGAAACAACGCAAGCGUUGCUCUUUCCACUGUAAGUCCGGCCUUUUUUCCCAUGAAACCUUUUAAUUUUUUUUAGCAAAAUCAAUUUCCCAUUGGAACGUCAAACAAUAAAGGUUGGUCUUGAGAAGGGAAAAAGAAAAAUAAUCUGUAAUCUUUCUAGAUAAUGUGAUCUUGCGUCCCACGAACUCUGCGUCGCAGCCGCCAAUACAUAUCUCUCGUUCUUCUACCGCUUUUUCUGUGAGUCGAAAAUUUGGUAAAUCGUAUGUUUGGAAUACAGGAACACCAAAGUUUGUCGCAACCAGUCUCAACAACGCAAAGACCGGUCUCUUCAAUAGGAAUUCCGUUGGUUGGACUUGUGAGUUUUGAUUUUCAAUUUUAGAAAAACAAAGGUUUCAGCAAAAUGGACCCGCUACACUGACUACAAAGAAACCUUCGGAAUGCCUGAUACCAUCGAAAGUUCAACCUACGACUACGAUGACAGCAAAUAUCAACAAAGAAGCAAAAACAAGCACGACAUUUUCAAACGGCAGAAGUGAUUUUACGGAGAAAUUGGAGAGAAAUAAUGGGAAAUCGGCUGAAAGUUCGACCAAUCAUAGGAGCACCAACAGCAAUUCUCAAGCAUUGUCACUGAGCUCUUCUGGCAAGCCAAACCAAGAUUCUGGAACGAAGCCGUCAGCGGUGGAGAAACCCCAGUCUUCCAAUCUCUCAGCUCCUUCCAACACCUCGCGACAAUCCAGUCAGAAUCCGGAGCCUCCAAACACCGCAAUGGACAGACUUUCAAAAAUUAAUGCGGAAAUAUCGUCAUUGCUGCCUCCACCGAGCAAACUGCUUUUCGGGAAUUCCUCGAGCUCCAAGACAAACGCAAAAAUUUCAAAUCCAGUAAACACAGAGAGAGUAGGGUCAAAUUUUGCUUGAAGUUGUGAUUGAGCAUUUGUAGACAUCCUCUUUAUCGACGGUACCAAAACCAGGUGAAAUAACGACUACGGCUCCAAUCAAAAAACCAGAGCCAGUCUUACCAACAGCUCCACUGCAGCCCAUUUUGCUCCACAACAAUCAAGCAAAACCUUUCACUCAAUCUACGGUAUUACUUCGAAUUUUGCAAAAAAGAAGGCCUAUGGUUUCUUUAGACAUUCAAUCAAGUGCCAAAAACUCGAGUGACGCCACCACCUCAACCAGCACCCAUCGUUAGGCCUGAAGUUCAGCAAGCGGUCAUGCCGUUUUAUAACCUUAUGAAUUCAUCGAAUCCAUCCUACAAUGGUUUCAAAACAGUUCGAGAGCUUUUAUUUGAUUUUUUUUUUCAGCCUACUCAACUGGCUCGAUAUAUCCUUCCUUUGGCGGAUACGGCCAGUCGAGCUAUCCGAUGCCCUAUCAACCAAUGUCCUACACUCCGUCAAUGUAUCCUGGUUAUGGAUACUCUAUGACUCCAAACGCUUCACGAAACAUGGCAAACGUCCCCGCGCCUUCCCGGAACGACACUCCUCCUGACCUCAGACCGUUGGCCGAAUCUGACAUCAACGAGCUUUUGCAGCCGUCGUCAUUUGUUUCCUACAGACCCGUUUCACAGUCUGGAAGCAGCGCCAGCGCCGGAAAUACCAACUCAUUCGAAGCCAUGGAAGUUCUCUAUCGUGAGGCCAAUUUUGCGAGGCCAGUUUUGUAACUUUUUCUCCAUGUUUCACCAAGUUCCUAACAAAAAUUGAAAUUAAUGAGGUUAACAAAAAUCAAAUUAAAAAAAUUUUAAAUCUUUUUUUAAAUCCUCGUUUAUAAAUAAAUGCUAGACACUAUAAGCGCUACUGUGCUCAAAUUUUCAGAAAAAAAUUUCAGAAAAAAAUUGAGUUUUCAAUUCAACAUUCUGAUCUUUGGGAAACUUCAAAAUGCCCCAUAAUUUCAUAAAAAAAUAUAUGUAGUAAAUUGAUCAGAUCCAGUCUCUCUUAAAGUUUUAUUUCAUUUUUUCGAAUUUUUCAGUCGAUCAAGUUGUGAUGCGAUGGUCAUCGAGUGUCACGGCAAUACUGAAGAAGCUCUGAGAAAAUUGAAAGUUAAUCAGCUGGUAAACAUGGGAAUCGCGACAGACGUCGUAUCUUCGAAAUCUGCAUUGGAGCGAAAUAACUUCGAACUAAACGCUGCUGCCAACUUCUUACUAGGAAUGUAA